AUGUCAUACGGUCGAUCUAAGAAGAAGAGUAUUUUCGGAGGCUUUUUUAAAAGUAAUGACAAUGAAGUAAAUUUGGAAGAUUAUGCUCUCAGUCAAUGGACUACGCAAAUGGUAGUUUCUUGGUUAAAAGACCAAGGACAUGAUAAGAAGGUUUACAAAAUAUUUGAAAAGAACAAAAUAACAGGAGCUUUCUUUUGUCAAAAUGUAACCAAAGCAGAUAUCAUCCGUUUAGGAUUUACACCUGGAAUGUCAAUCACACUUCACAAUCAAAUUGAAAAAUUAAUUGAAAGAAUGAAAUCCAUCAAUCCCUAUAAUGUAAUUCUCAGUAGUAGACCACAUCAUCCAAGUAAUACUACAAAUAAUCAGAGUUCAAAUAGUAUUGCUAGUUCAAGUUCUUUGAGUUUAUCUUCUAGAAAUAGUAUGAAAUAUGAUGGUGCUGCUUUGGCACAAUUGAGUGGAUUGAAUGGAGUUGAUCCAAAGGAUUCGAAUAAUGUGUUAUUGACACCACCUCGUCCAAGUUUAGUUUCGAAAGGUUCGACAGGAAGUAUUAUGGCACUCACAACACAAACUUCACCACUCAAUAUUUCACAAUCAUCUCCAGGAUUUUCUGAAAAGGAUAUUCCAAUGUUUGCUCAUCAUCAACGUAAAUUUUCAAUGGCAAUUCAAAAUCAAGGUCCAUUAACAUCAACAAAUGGUGAAGAGAAUGUGUUUGUUGAACCUGCUUAUUCUUCAACUGGAGCAUUGUCAAUUGCAGAUAUUGAAAUUGAGGAUGAUUACUUUUUGAAAAUGGAAAUGGAAUCAUUUACUGUGGGUAGCAAACAAGAAGAAGAGAAGGAACUUCAAGAAUUCCUUUCUGAACCAACUGUUGCCGGUGAAAAUACUCCAUCAGUUGUCGAUCAAACUCCAUCCUCUCCUGGAACUAAUAGUCCAACAAGUGGAAACUCAUCACCAAUUAGUACAACUAGCACCAGUAGUGUUGCAAAUAAUAGUUCCAGUAAUAAUAUCAUUUCAUCGGCAUCUUCACCAACAACCAAUUCAAAAUACUUGUUGGUUCCUGUUGCUCCAAUGGAGAAAGUUCCAGAAGAAUAUGCAGCUGCCUAUGAAUUUUGCCUGACCAAUCUGAGAUUACUUCCAUUUGAAGUGAAUAAUAUCAAAGCAGUAGCUCAGGAUUUGGUUAUUCCAGAAAGAUUCAUGUUUAAAUAUUGUAAUAUCAAACAUUAUAUGCCAGAUGAUGAUGAAGACGAAACUGGUUCUGAAAGAGCAUCAGUUGUCAGAACAAUGACCAAGACUUUUUUGAAAGUACAAUUUGUUAUCAAUGCUACAGAUCGUGGUGUUUGGUUUAAAAUGCAGAGACAAUAUAAGAAUCAACUGAAAGGAUACAAACCACACAAAUUCGGAUCUUUCUAUCCAGCUCUUUUAAUUGGACCAUUCCUUUUCGAAUAUACAUCACAUGGUUUUGCAUUGGUGAGAAUUUCCAAAUCAAAGAGAGUUGUAGGUCAUGAAAUCACAACAAUUACAGGUGCUGAUAAGGUGAAGGAAUUACUUCAAAAGGUUUCACAGGUGUGCUGUGAAUUCAAUGGUUCACGAAAGUUUGACAUUCAAAAGAAUAAUCCAAUGAGCUUUGUCUAUGCAGUUUUGGAUAAACUCAAAAUUAGAAAAUCAAUUGAAAAUCACUUAGGAAAAGGUUGCAUCAAAGCUUUCAUUCAAAAUUUGGAAAAAUUUGGAUAUUACAGCAUGACACUCAAUUUACCAAAACAAUUAGCAACCUUGUUAGGAAAGGAAGAAUAUAUCAUUGACAGCCAUAAGGACUUGGAUGAACUUCAUAUUAAUAUUCAAACUAACUUCCCAGAGUACUUUGAUGUUGAAGGUAAAAUGGAUGAAACUCUCUUACAAUCAUUUGACAUUUCAUUCUGGUAUCUCCAUCAUGAAAAUAAGACAGUUGAAGAUUUCAAACCUGCAUAUUCUGGAAAAAUCUGUAAGUGUCCAUUCAACAUGUUAGAAAAGCACCCAAUUGAUAUGAUUGAAAGCGUAUCAAAGUCCAAUUACCGAGGUGCCAAACAUCAUAUGCAAAAUGUUCUGCCAACGAGACCAGCUUAUGGGCUCGCCUCUGUGUCUUCAUCUGCUAACUUGACUGAAAUGGGAUCACCAACAAGUGAAACCAAGUGUUGA